CUUCGAAACUCGUAUCAAGCGAGGUUUUUCCCUGACACUGCCGUCAAUGACAGGUCCAUAACGGCAAUUGUUACACUUUACCCGCCAAUCUGUGAUAGCUUCAUCAUGGGUAGAACAUCACCUCAGGGCCUUAUGGCCUCUGACUUCCACCACCAGACUUUUGUCAACCCGCUCGACGUUUUCCCGACAAAAUCCCGGCUAGCCGGUCGACAGAACUACAGGUCACCGCUCAGAAAUGGUCAGGUUGUCUCUUCUAGAACUCCUGCCCGUUAUGCCGCCGAGUCUCACAAGUUCGCGUGCUGCGGCGAGGAAGAGGUUCCUUUGUUUCGACCGUCCAGCGCCAUGAAUUAUGUGACCCACGACACUCCGACAGACGACUUUUUCGGCAAUCCAGAGUCUUCGAGCAGUCGCAACGUGUCGCUGCACAACUCUCCGAGUCCCAUGGACUGCGAGGACUGUGUUGACGAUUGCGACGACUGUUUGGAAGAGCAUCAACUGUAUAACCACCAGACCGACGACGAAUACGUCGACGAUUGCCAGGGGUGCAAUGACGUUCAGAUCGACCACAAGAACAAUGGGCGAGUCUGCAACGACGACACCUGUGAUGAAUGCGACUUCUCUUGCUUCGACUGUAUCGACUGGAAUGAAUUCGAGCAGGACAAGUCGUUGGGUCUUUCAUUCUCUGUCCCACUGCUUGGUGACAACAGUCUCCUGGGGUCAGGGUCGGUGCCUCCUCAGUUUGACGAGAACGACCUGCUCAAUUUCCAGUCGCCCGACUUCUCCAACAUGCAAACCGAGCCCUUGGCACCGCCACUCGACGUGCCGAUGCACCAUCAGUGUUUCGGAAACACGGUGCCUUACUGGGACAGCAUCGCCCAAGCUCAACUCUGCAACGGCGCACCGGGUAUGCCUCAGCAAUUCCCUCUUCCGCCUUUUGGAAUGGAAUUCGGUUGCCACCCAGCGACAGCCCACCAACAAUUGGCUCUGCCAGAUUUUCAGCCCACCGCAGCAUUUCCACCCUCACCAGUCACCAAGCAGGAGCCACAAACAACUCCCCCCUCGCAGCAACCCACUGGAACAACACCACUGUCCAAGACAUCAGAUCUCCUAGCCGCCGUCUCGGCCCCGCCCACUUCCCGUGCAUGCCAGUGGCUCAUGCCGUGCGGUACCGUAUGCGGCGCAUCGUUCGCCUCUGCCACCGACCUCAAAAAGCACCUCAAGGCGGUCCACCUGGUCAAAGGAGUUACAAAGUGUGCCUGGCAGUCAUGCGACUCGGCUACAUUCACCUCGGAAGCCGCACUGACUGGACAUAUUUCCAAGAAACAUCUCGCUCCGAUGCUUGCCGCUGCUACCGCUUCGUCUUCCUCGUUGAAUUCCGAUCAGCACCCUUCCACGACAUCCUCAUCUUCCUCCUCCGCGAACAUUUCCGCGUCUACUACAUCCACCGGGCCCCACACUACUGCCGCUGCCUCCACCAACGAAGGUGGUCCCUUCAAAUGUACGUUCCCCGGCUGCACCAAGAGCUUCAUGUACAAACAGGUCCGUGACGACCACGUCGCGUCCUGCCACCAAGGCAACAAGAUGUACUGUCACAUCUGCGGUCAAUACUUGAACGGCGAAGGGAGCAACUUCAAACGGCACAUGGCCACGCAUCGACCAAAACAUCAACACAUGCUGUGUAAGUUUCACGGCUUGGGUUGCAAGAGGAGAUUUCCCCGACUGGACAACCUGCGGAGGCACGAGGCGUGUUGUAAGUUUGGCAAGGGCAAGAAGGGACUUUUGGCCGGCAGUGGUGGUGCAGGUGUCGGCGACGGCGUGGAUGUGGAUGAGGUCAAGCAUCACCAUCACCAUCAUCAUGUUCACAGUGCCAAAGCUUGACGGUGAAGUAGUCAAAGUCGGACAGAGUAGAAGCAUGAGCAUGAGGAUGGACAUGGACAUGGCAGCAGCGAGGGCAUGCAAUUGUCGAUUGUACGGGAUACUUGACCAGGUAGUAUUUGUACGUACAUUCGUCGUCUGGCUCCAUCGACGCCAGAUUGAUCGUCAUGAAAAACAGAAGUUGUACGGAAGUCCCCAUGCGCCCUUGUUCAAAACACACCUGGAAGAGGGAUGCCCUGACAUUAAUGGCCGAGUCUGGACUUUUUUUUUCUUAGUUCACCGGAUACGCCGACGACGCAGCUCAACAUGUUUGAACCAAAAUCUUUCUAAAUUGUCCUAGGUCAUCCUUCCCAAAGUAUAUAGUCCUAGUUACCUGUUACCAGUAACACUAGAUAGAC